AUGCCUGUCCUCUGCAGGGGCCGGCUGCUGGGCAUCUCGGUGGCCAUCGCGCACGGGGUGUUCUCGGGCUCCCUCAACAUCCUGCUCAAGUUCCUCAUCAGCCGCUACCAGUUCGGCUUCCUGACGCUGGUUCAGUGCCUGACCAGCUGGGCGGCGGCGCUGAGCCUGGAGCUGGGCCGGAGGCUGGGCCUGCUGGCCCUGCCCCGCUUCGGCCUGGGCCUGGCGCGCCCCUUCGCGCCCGUCACCCUCCUGUCCACCCUGCAGUCCGGCCUCACCCUCUGGGCCCUGCGCGGCCUCAGCCUGCCCAUCUACGUCGUCUUCAAGCGCUGCCUGCCCCUGGUCACCCUGCUCCUCGGCGCUCUGGCCCUCAAGAACGGGACGCCCUCGGCCGGGGUCUUGGUGGCCGUCUUCAUCACCACCUGCGGGGCCGCACUGGCCGGAGCUGGGGAUCUAUCAGGAGACCUCGUGGGCUACGUGACCGGAGUGCUGGCAGUGCUGGUCCAUGCGGCUUAUCUGGUGCUCAUUCAGAAAACCAGUGUAGAAACGGACUACGGGCCGCUGACCGCCCAGUAUGCCAUCGCCAUCUCGGCCACCCCCCUGCUCAUCAUCUGCUCCUUUGCCAGCAUGGACUCCAUCUACGCCUGGUCCUUCCCCGGGUGGAAGGACCCCGCCAUGGUCUGCAUCUUCGUGGCCUGCAUUUUGAUCGGCUGCGCCAUGAACUUCACCACCCUCCACUGCACCUACAUCAACUCGGCCGUGACCACCAGCUUUGUCGGGGUGGUAAAAAGCAUCGCCACCAUCACCGUGGGCAUGGUGGCCUUCAACGACGUGGAGCCCACCUCUCUCUUCAUAGCCGGAGUGGUGGUCAAUACCUUCGGCUCUCUCAUUUACUGUGUGGCUAAGUUCAUUGAGACCAGAAAGCAGAGCAACUAUGAGGAUUUGGAAAAAGAGGACAGAGAAGAUGAGAGGAAGGAGCCUGGUGACUAUCAGCCGCCUUUUGCCUUGGAGGGUUUGUCCCUGGAGAAGGGACCCAGAGAGGCAGCAGGAGGGGAGGUGGCUGGUUGGGAUGGCCAGCAAGGAGCAGAAGAGCAGAGAGACAGCUUGGCCAGCAGCAGCCAAGAAGCAGUCGAUCCUGAAGGGGUUAACAGGAGCUCAUUAAAGGACACCUACCUUGGAAUAUGGAGGUUAAUUAGGGGGGCCAAAUAUCUGAAGAAGGAUUACUUGAUAGAAAAUGAGGAGUCCCCCAGCCCUUGACAUGCCCCUUUUUAAGAAUAUAGUUGUAUAUUUUCAUGAGGGAGUCAUAUGUUUUAGUCCAAGUUAGGGGUUGUUAGAGAGGAGAGACAAGAAGGAACCCAUAAAAUGCAAAUUUUUCACAUGUGCACUGACAAAACUGGUACCCAUCUCUGAGUCAUCACCCAGAGAUCAUUGCCAAGAGAUGAAAGGGUAUGGGAACUCUGAUUCACAAAGUAAGGUUGUCAUAUUGGUUACAGAUUACCGACAUUAUUUUUUUCCCCUUAAGAAUAAGCAGAUCUGCAUGCAAAACCACAUCUUCUCCAUGUACAGUACACAAAUACUGUUGUCACAUAUAUCCAGAGAGGUUUGAUCGAGGAAUAGAAAAUAUGGCUACAGUCUCAGUAAUCUGCUGGUGAAGAGAAACACUGGUUGGUAAGACAGUGUAUGAUUGCACUGAAAGUAAAGCUUUUUUAUGUUUUCAAAUUACCUAUCCACUUAAGGUAAAAUUUAUCUGAAA